AUGGCCGGAUCCAGCAGCAGUCGCAGCAGUAGCAGCAGCACGCGUGCUCGAGCCCCAGUGCGGCAGGAGCCCACCAGAGCGCGUACAGGGGACAGUCCAACUGAUACAGCGGACAAACAGCUGCACAAGAAGAAGGCGUCGAGUGGAUCGCCCGACGCGCCGAAGACGCCGCUCUUGUCGACUGCCGAGCGCGAGGCGCUACGUCGAGAGGAAGAGCAGCUUUUGGUCCGACGUGUUUACGUCGUUCCUCUUGGCGGCAGCAGCGCUGUCGGCAAAGAGAUGUCCCGCAGCAAGAAAGCAGCGGCCAAAGACGCUGGCUCGAAACGUGGCAAAAGCAGUAAACAGGCAGACGCACAAGCGCUACAGGACAUGGACGAUGCGCGGUAUACGCGUAUCACGCAGCAGCCGUCGAGUAUACUGCUUUGGCACAAUGGAAACCGGUAUCAGCUCGAAGAGAAGCACGAGGGAUUGAAGGACCCUCAUAUCAUUAUUGUGCCGAAAAGCACGGUCGGCAAUUGGAUGAAGGAGCUCAAGCGAUGGUGUCCGUCGAUCAACGCGUUUAAGUUCAUGGGUAGCAAAGACGAGCGGGCGCUGCAGCGAGAGACGGUGGUGAAGCGGGACUUUGACGCGUUGGUGUUGUCAUACGAAGUGGCGAUUAUUGAGAAAGCUAUAUUGCAGAAGAUCAAGUGGAAGUACUUGCUGAUUGACGAAGCGCAUCGAGUAAAGAAUGAGAACUCGAAGCUUUCGCGUGUUGUGCGUGAGUUCAAGGUUGAGCACCGACUACUGAUUACGGGCACGCUACUGCAGAAUAAUUUGCAUGAACUGUGGGCGCUGCUGAACUUCUUGCUGCCGGACAUUUUCUCAGACGCCGAAGACUUUGACUCGUGUGACCGCGUGCGUUUGCUGAACAUUCUGAUGCAGUUGCGUAAGGUAUGCAACCACCCGUACUUGUUUGAGGGCGCGGAGCCUGGUCCGCCGUACCAGGAGGGACCUCAUCUGUGGGAGAACUGUGUCGAAGAGAAAAUCGUGGAGCGUGCAGAGCUUAGCUGUACCUUGACGCUGCUAUCAUCCAGCAGGGUCGACUCGCCCAACAAAAUCGGCAUGUCGAAAGACGAGCUGAUGACGAUGGUGCGCUUUGGUGCCGACGAAAUCUUCAACGCUCGAGGAUCGAUGAUCACCGACGACGACAUCGACGCUAUUCUGGCUCGGGGUGAAGAACGCACCGAGUCCACGAAAGGCAAAAUUGCGCCUGACAUGCAGCACAAUCUGGCGAAUUUCUCAUUGUCGGGGACAACGGCAAUGCCAACGCCUGAAGCCUGUAUGAGUCCGGGGAGAGGUCGCGAGCGCAAGUCCAACCACAACGAAGACGAGUAUUAUCGUCAGCAAGCGGGUCUAUCGAAGCCCAAGAAGCCCAAGAAAAGACUCGUUGAGAACUGCCGGAAGGAACUUACUCGACUCAUAAAGGAAGCUCUGCCGACGAGAGUCGCGCCAAAGCGCGAAAGCCGAAGACUGCUGAGGGUGAAGAGUCCGUGGAAAACUCCAGCAGAGGAAGAGGGAGGCGGACGACGCACGUUCACUGCUCUUGAGAAGGAGCUUUUGAACGAGACGGAAAUGGACGCCGCGGAUGCAAAGGAGCUAGGGCCUCUCGUUGAAAAGGAAGGCUUUGGCGACUGGACACGACGGGAUCUUGAAGCAGUUUUACCGCUAUCUGUGAGCCUAAAGAUGGUCGCGUCGACAAGACGCGCGUAUGUGAGGAGGUCUCGGCAGUUCUUGGCAAGGAUCCUGCACAGGUGGAACGGUACUUACGAUACGUUUUGGUCUCGCUUCACGAGCCAGCUGGGGGACCACGCAAAGUAUGUGGAGAAGAUUGAGCGAGGCGAGAGCGGUCUGGAGCGCAACGAAGUGGUGAAGCAGGCGUUAGCGCGCAAGUGCAGCCGAUACAGCCACCCAUUGCGUGGACAUGCGAUUGCACUACCCGGCCGGCUAUAA